AUGGACGGGUUCUUGAGGAGCCGAAAGACGGCGCGAUCGCAAGAUCGAGAGCGGGCUGGCAUGCAAGGUGCCGCGCAAAGUGCCGUGCAAGGUGGCAUGCAAGCUACGGUGCAAGGUGCCGAGCAAGACGGCAGCCAGGCGGGAACGGCAAUGGCCCAAAGAGCAGUGCAGGAGCACAGGCGGCUUCUGCAGAGAGCCGAGCAGGCGGAGCAGGAGCUCGAAGCGGCGGCCGCCCAGGCGAAAGAGCUGCAGGCAAGGGCCGAGACAGCCGAGGCGAUGGCCGUGGCGGCUGAGGCAAUGGCAGCAGAAGCCGAGAAGAGGGCAGCAGAAGCCGAGAAGAGGGCCGAGGCGGCGCAAAGGGCGCGGGCGGAAGCCAUGAUGGCAACGCCAGCGAUCGACCUGACAACACCAAAGGCGAGGAUGGAAAAGAGGAAGCGGGAGACCCCGGGGGAAGAAGAGGAGAAAAAGAAGCCCCGGGGACCCGAAGGAAGCCCUGAUGCGGAGGGCGAAGAAGGCUGGCAAACGGUGCCCGUACGCGUUAAGAAAGGGCCGACGAAGGCGCCAAACCGGACCUAA